GCUGGAUGUUAUGGGUUGGAGGAUUUGAAGCUUUCUGAAUUUCCUGAAUUGAUUGAAAUUUGGUACAAGAAGCCUCAAGAAAACUUGCCUUUCAAAAGGCUUAAAUUUCUAGAAGUUUGUAAUUGUAGCAAUUUGACAUACCUUCUUACCCCUUCCAUGGCAUUAGGCCUUGUAAAAUUGGAUGUUCUGAAAGUCACAAACUGUGCCAUGAUGGAGCAAGUGAUAAUAGGAGAAGGAAUUGAGGAGACGUUUCCUCUGUUAAACUCUAUUCUUUUAGAGUCUUGUUCCAUCUUGACAUGUUUCUAUGAGGGAAGCAGUAGGCUCAAGUUUUCAAGUUUGAAACAAAUUACUGUAGCUGACUGCCCAAAUCUGUUGACAUUUGCUUCUUCAUUUUCAAGAGAGCAAGAGAAAGAGAUGACUGCCAAUGAUAAAGGAAGUGAACAAAGGCCUGAAAUCCCUACUCAACCUUUCUUCAGUGAGAAGGUUGUGUUACCAAACCUCGAGGAGCUACGAUUAUGCUGGAUGAAUGUUAACAUCAAAUGGCACACUUCAAUAACAUCUUUAAGUGUAGAGAAACUGAAGAAAUUGAUCAUUCAAGGCUAUGAUAAUUUGGAAUACUUAUUCUCAUCUUCCAUAGCUAGAGGUCUAGUGAUGCUCAGUCGAGUUGAAAUAAGGGAAUGCAAGAGGAUGAGAGAGAUUAUUGUCAUAGAGAAUGCAGAAGAAAAAGAGAAUUUAAUUUUUCCUCAAUUGAAUUUCCUAUUGCUAAAAGACCUUCAGAACAUUGUUGGAUUCUACUCAGGGAAUUGUAUUGUUGAAUUCCCAUCCUUAAAGCAACUGCAAGUAUUGAACUGCCCAAAGUUAGAAGGAUUCAUUGUUAAAUAUUUUGCAAGCACAAAUGUCACUGCUGACAAACAACCAUUCUUUGAUGAACAUGUUGCUUUUCCCAACUUGGAAAGUCUGACUCUCACCCACUUGAAAAACUUGGAUAUCAUAUGGCACAACCAAUUCCAUGCAGACUCCUUUGGCAAACUAAAAUCAUUAACGGUUAGAAAUUGUGAGAAGUUAUCCACUGUUUUUCCAUCUACUGAUCUGUUGGAAAGAAUAUGGAAAUCCCUAGAGAAGUUAACUAUAUCUUAUUGUGGCUUGCUAGAAGUGGUAUUUAGAAUUGCCGAGUUCAAUGUCAAACAAACACAUGCCAUAAUAGACACCAAGUUGAGAGAAUUGAGUAUCUAUGAUCUACCAAGAUUAAACUUCAAUAGGCAAAAGCCUUUUGCGACUUCAAAAGCUACAUUUAAUGGAGUGUGGGGUGGAGGAAAUUGUCACGAUGGGAGACCAAGGCAUUGAAGAAGUUGUUAACUUUGAAUUUCCUAGAGUAUCAAGUCUUAAGCUUGAAAGGUUAUCAAGGCUCCAAUAUUUCUACCCAAGGAAGUACACGACAGUGUGGCCAAGGUUAAAACAGUUCUGUUUUUCCCAAUUCAAUCAAGUAAAGAGAAUAGAUGGUCGUGGGCAACUAGACUUUCUUGUACAACUGCCACUUUUCUCCAUAGAGAAGGUACCAAGUUUCUUACCAAAAUAAAUAAUAAAAGAAUUCCUUGCUU